AGAGAAUGAACCACCAAACCAAGCUGUAUUAGCCACCAUCUUGAAAGAGGUCAAAGAAAUAGAGCAGAUUCAAAAUGAUUCUCUUUGUACCGAAAGAGGAAUUCUAGAUGCUAUUUCUCAAAACUUUACAUCGUCAAAGAAACAAAGACGACAGGAAGAAAAUGGUACCUACGAGCAGUAUCAGAAGGAGCAAAAGAAGCGCCAGAGAAUUAAAAGGUGGAAAAUGAAUUCAGUUUCUAGAAUUUUCCCUUCCUUGACCACUAUUUGGCACUUAGGUUCAGGAUUGAAUGCAGUAAAUGUUGCUCUUGGGAAGCCCACUCUUCAGUCUUCAACAUAUAACAAUACUGACUUGAGUUUGUCAGGUGUGUCAUGGAAAGCAGUGGAUGGUAAUUCUGAUACUUACUUUAGAAAUGGAAGCUGUUCACAUACUCGGCCAGACGAUCCAAGCUGGUGGAGAGUUGACCUGGGUUCAGAUAAGGUGGCAGUCUCUGACAUAUCCAUAGUCAACAGAUUUUCAACAUCGCCUGAUGUGUUGGCCCGAAAUAAAAACUAUACAAUUACAUUGGAUAAUCUUGCAUUUAGAAAACAGACAAGUCAAAGUAGUGAAGAGCAGGGUCGUGUAAGUAGCAGGGCAGUUGAUGGAAUAAGUUACCCAAACUGGGUUAAUGGAAGCUGUACCCUCAUUGAUGGAGAACACAACCCUUGGUGGAGAGUUGACCUGGGACAAGUUGAACCAGUUUCAGAAGUAUACUUAGUCAGUCAAGCAGAAGUGUGGCAUUUUGAGAUCAGAGUGGGCACAGUACCUGAUAAUGGAGGAACUACCUAUCCUAAGUGCGGAGAUAAGCAGAGUUAUAGUCUACCACAAGGAAAAGGUGUAUCCUUUUUCUGUCGUCCUGUUCUAUUUGGAAGAUAUGUGACAAUAAGAAAAUUAAGAACUGAUGCCAAAAACCUCACAAUUUGUGAGGUAGAAGUUUAUUCUGAAAGGAGAGGUAACAUAUCUCAUAUAAACUAUAUUAUAUGUUUGACAAAUUCGCACUGUUUGAAGUCUCAAGGUAUUACAUUAAGGAGUUAUAAUACUAAUGUACACUAAUUCAUAGGUUUUUUCCAUAUAUGUGCGUUGCCUUUAGGAUCUUGG